AUGGAAACUCAUCAAAACACUCCAAACUCAUCAAAACCUUUAUAUUAUGAAGUCUUUGAACCUGUUGAUGAGAAUUUGAAAAUAGAACAUGCUAUUGAUGGGAUCAAUAAAUUUACUAUAAAAGAUGAUGAUAUGGAAGAAUUUACAGUAAAAGAUGAUAAUAUGGAGGAAGUUAAUGAAUCAACAGGAGAAUUUAUUAUAAAAGAUGUUAAAAUGGAAGAAAUAAAUAAAUUUACUAUAAAAGAUGAUAAAACGAAACAUGUUCGUGAUCUUUUAAAAAAAAGAACCAAAAAAUGUCCAAACACAGUAUGCAGAUGUGAAAAAAGAUUAGAAUUUAUUAAAAAUUGCGAGCAAUGUAAAUAUCUUACAAAAUGUGAGGUGGAAGCCCCACUAAUAUGUAACGAUUGUCUUCACGAAGUAUUAGAGAGAGAAUUUACUAACUGGACAAGUGGAAAUUUACUAGUUAAUAAAUUUAUUCAAAAGGCACAACGGUCAUUAUCCUAUAUUAGAUACCCUGAAUGGAUUUUGUAUAGUUUUUUCACAGGAAUAGAAUGUGUUAAAAGAGGUGAAUUUGGUGCAGCAUUUUCUGCAAUAUGGAUCCAAGGAGCCAAGAAACAUGAAAAACUUGAUAAUAAAAGCUAUUAUUUUCGAUCAGAUCCCUGUGCAGUUGUUCUAAAAACAUUAAAAGAUAUGGAGCAGUUUUCAUUUUUAGAAAAACAGUUUCGAAAUAAAUAUUGCUGUAAUUUAUAUGGGGUUACUAAAAAUCCUUCAACAUUAGAAUAUAUGCUUGUAGAACCCACAUCUUUAUGCGACAGAUGCCUCCCUAAUUUAUUAGAAAAUGAGUUUUCUAAAUGGACUAGUGGAAACAAACAAAUUGACGCAUUUAUCCAGGAAGCACAAGGAUCGUCAACUUAUCUUAAAUAUCCUGAAUGGAUUCCGUAUAGCUCUUUCACUGAGGUCGAAUUUGUUAAUAAAGGCGGGUUCGGUUAUGUAUACUCUGCAAAAUGGGAUAAAGGAAUCAAAUGUUUUUCCACAAUAGAUGGAAAUGUAUAUCAUACUCGAUCUGAUCCCUGUACUGUUGCUCUAAAGCAAUUAAAAGGCGAAAAAAAUGAUAUUCAAUUUUUUCUUAAAGAGAGACUAUUCGAUUAUUAUGCACAACUAAUAGAUAUCGGGGGUAUAGGUCGUCGGUUUUUGGGCGUGGGUGGGUUCAGGGGUAUCAUAACACUAAAAAAUAUAAAUUUUUCACAUUGUCAGGAGCCUAAAUUAAAACGUGAAUUAGAUAACUCAGAUAAUGCAACUAUAAUAUAUAAUAUUAUGAAAUGGAAACCAGACAUUCCUAUUCACGUAGAUGCAGUAUAUAACAGUCGUAUGAUUAGUAUUAGUCAUGGAACUAGUUAUGUGAGUCGCCAAAAUGAAAUGACACUUCAAUAUGAAAUUUGCGACAUACCAUAA